GUUUAAUUUGAUGUUAUAUUAUUUUAAAUUUAGUGAAUGAGUAUGUGUUAUUAUAAAAUUGUUAAAAUAUUUAUUUUAUAUUUAACAUUAAAUACUGUGAAUAGUAUUGAUGUGAACACCAGUAUAGGAGUAGUGAGGGGUCGGACACUACAUGUGUUGGACACAAAUGUGAAUCAAUUUCUGGGCAUUCCUUACGCCGAACCCCCGGUCGGCAAACAUAGGUUCGCAAAACCCAAACCCAUUACUAAACCAUUUCCGGAUAUAAUCGAUGCGACAAAACUUAAAAAUUCAUGCAUACAACCACCAAAUAUAUAUAUUACACCGGAAUUACAUUACAGUGAAGAUUGUCUGGUGCUUAACAUAUGGACAACAAAUACCACAGCAUUAAAACCAGUGAUGUUUUGGAUAUAUGGCGGCGGACUUACUAUGGGAUCAAUAUUUCAAGAGUGGUAUAACGGGAGCGCUUUGGCCACCAAUGAUGUGGUGGUUGUGUCCGUCAAUUAUAGGUUAGGACCGUUUGGGUUCCUAUACGGGGAUCGGGAGGACGCGCCCGGAAAUGUUGGACUCUAUGAUCAGUUAUUGGGCCUGAAAUGGGUUAGAGAAAACAUCCAUUUAUUUGGCGGAGAUAGGAAUCAGAUCACCAUUUUUGGUGAGAGCGCCGGGAGUUGGUCGGUGUCCGCACACAUACUCUCCCCGCUAUCCAAAGGCCUAUUCAAGAGGGCUAUUAUGGAGAGCGGGGCUCUUAUGUUCAACAAGAAUAGAAAUGUGGUCAACAAAACUGAAGCCAUAUUAAAGGGCAAAAAUAUUGCCAAACAAUUGAAAUGCGAUGAAAGCGAGGAUUGGAUACAAUGUCUGCGAAAAGCGGACGCCAGAAAUAUAGUGAAAUAUGAAACCACCAUGUUCACUUCCCCCGUAUUAGACACUGAAUUUUUGCCCUUAUCUGCCCGACAAGCAUUUAAUGAGAAAAAAUUUAAUACCGAUAUUGAUUUAAUCGCUGGCAUCACCCGAAACGAGGGCAUAGGAUAUGCUGAUUAUCUGACCGCCCACCCGGAGCGCAUGACACUCACCGACUUUCACAACGGGGUAAAAGCCAUGGAUUCCUUGGGUUUUCACAACAUAAAUAUACCGAAAGUGACGGAACAUUACCUGAAAGGUGUCAAGUUGUUGUACGAGUAUUACGAGUUGUUGUACGCGAGUAAUUAUUUUGGUAAACAAAUGGCUUGUGAUGUGCCGACCAUGGGCAUUUGUCACGGCAAUGAUGUACCAUUCGUAUUUGGUUUGCCAUUACUUAAACCCAACGAUUAUACUCCCGACGAUAUCUAUUAUAGUACUGUUUUGAUGAAAAUGUGGACUAUAUUUGCUAAAGACGGUCAAAUGGACUCUAAUUGGCCGCAACUGUUAAACGAUGAGCCGAUGGGUGCGCCCAAAGUCCACGGUUUGGACCCAAAGGACUUACGGCUAGUAUUGAAAGACCCUGUACAUAGUAUUGAUGUGGACACUCGUAUAGGAGUAGUGAGGGGUCAGACACUACAUGUGUUGGACACAAAUGUGGAUCAGUUUGUGGGCAUUCCAUACGCCGAACCCCCGGUCGGCAAACAUAGGUUCGCAAAACCCGAACCCAUUUCUAAACCAUUUCCCAACAUAAUCGACGCAACAAUGCCUAAAAACUCAUGCCUAUCACCGAUUCAAUUAAGUCCGGACUCACCCCUCAGUGAGAACUGUCUGGUGCUUAACAUAUGGACAACAAAUACCACAGCAUUAAAGCCAGUGAUGUUUUGGAUAUAUGGAGGUGGGCUUGCUGCAGGGUCAAUAUAUCAGCCAGAGUAUAAUGGGAGCGCUUUGGCCACCAAUGAUGUGGUGGUUGUGUCCGUCAACUAUAGGUUAGGACCGUUUGGUUUCCUAUACGGGGAUCGGGAGGACGCGCCCGGAAAUGUCGGCUUUUAUGAUCAGUUAUUAGGUUUAAAAUGGGCCAGAAGAAACAUCCACUCAUUUGGCGGAGAUAGGGAUCAGAUCACCAUUUUUGGUGAGAGCGCCGGGAGUUGGUCGGUGUCCGCACACAUACUCUCCCCGCUAUCCAAAGGCUUAUAUAAGAGGGCUAUUAUGGAAAGCGCAGCUUUUAUGUUCAAUAUAGACAAGGAUGUGGUCAACAAAACUGAGGCCAUAUCUCAGGGCAAAGCAAUGGCUAAACAAUUGAAAUGCAAUGAAACCGAGGAUUGGAUAAAAUGUCUGCGAAGAGCGGACGCAAACGAUAUACUCAAAUAUUGGGACCCAUUUGCCACUUACCCGGUGUUUGGCACAGAAUUUCUGCCCAUUCGCACACAACAAGCAUUUAAUGAGAAAAAAUUUAAUACAGAUGUUGAUUUAAUCGCUGGUAUUGUACGCAACGAGGGCUCAGCAUUAACUGGAAGUGCGAUCAAAGACCCUGAUCAUAUGACAAUCGCUGAUUUUUAUAACGGAAUGAAAGCAUUUGACGCAUUAGGUUAUCACAACUUGAAUGUAACAAAAGUGGCGGACCAUUACUUGAAAGGUGUCAACACUAGCAGUCCGGCAGCUCUACUCCAAUCGUUUAGCUCACUUGCGGGGGACCUAACAAUUGGUUGUCCGACAUAUCUGUUCGCCAAACGGUUCGCACAAACUGUCAAAGAGUCGCAAAGGGUUUACUUUUACGAGUUGUUGUACGCGAGUAAAUGGUUUGCCAACUAUAGUGGUUGUGAUAUAUCGACCAUGGGCAUUUGUCACGGCAUGGAUAUAGUAUUUGUUUUUGGUCUACCACUGCUUUAUUCCAAUGUUUCCACGCCCGAAGAUAUCUAUUACAGUAAAGUUGUGAUGAAAAUUCAUAUGGACUCUUAUUGGCCACAAUUACUAAACAACGACCCGACCGGUGCGCCCAAAGUCCACGGUUUGGACCCAAAGGACUUAAGGCUAGUACUGAGUGACCCGUUUCAUCAAACAUGUGAUGGCGUGUGGGCCGACUACUUCCUAUAG